AGUAUGUGUUUGUAAACGUAAGAGUGAUAUUCAAAUCACUAUAAUUCUUUCAUCCUAUCGUGUGAUUAUACCAAUAUAGGAACUUCAGGGGAAUGUUUCUGAAGUAUAAAUAAGGUUUGGUUUAGCUUUGAGAUUCAUUUCUCACAUGAAGGAGAUUGAAGAAAGCCUCUGGUUUCAAACUAGUGGCUCAAAAUUGGUUGUGGAUUAUUUUUCUUGUUUCCAAGAGCACCGACUACAGAAACUUCAGAAAAUAAAGUUUGUGGGGCAAUGGUUGGCGUCUUUCUAUUAGGAACCUUUCUCUUGUACUGUGUCGGACAGAACCAAAUUCAAGGGGUCCCCCAAGUAUGUGUGUCCCAGCCCUCAUGUUCAGCCUGCCUGAGGAGCCCGGGAUGUGCCUGGUGCAAACACAAGGACUUCCUGAAGUCUGGGGAGUCCACUGAGCGGAGGUGUGACACUGUUGAGUCUCUUAGGACCAGGCGCUGUGAGCAGACAGACAUCAUCAACCCCCAAUCAGAACUGGUCUUCCUGAAGAACAAUGAGCUCAGCAGCAACCCAGACAACGUGGUCCAGCUUAAGCCACAAAACCUCCUCUUCAAACUCAGAGUCGGAGUCCCUCAGACCUUCAGUGUGUCAUUCAAGAGAGCCGAGGGCUACCCCAUAGACCUGUACUACCUGAUGGACCUGUCCUUCUCCAUGAGGGACGACCUGGAAACCAUCAAGAAUCUGGGCCAGGACAUCCUCUCUACUCUGAAAAACGUAACCAAGAAGGUCCGCAUAGGCUUUGGCUCAUUUGUGGACAAGGUGGCUCUGCCGUACGUCAGCCAGGUUAAGGACAAGAAGAACAACCCCUGCCCCAGCCGCUUGAACACCUGUCAACCUGCCUUCAGCUUCCAGAACAUUCUGGGAUUAACCCAAGAUGUGGCAGAGUUCAAGGCCAGGGUCAGCAACCAGAUAAUCUCUGGAAACCUGGACUCCCCCGAGGCUGGCUUUGACGCCAUCGUGCAGGCAGCUGUCUGCCAGGGUGUGAUUGGUUGGAACAAUGUCACCCGGAUCCUGGUCUACACGUCAGAUGACACCUUCCACAUUGCCGGGGACGGCAGGCUGGCUGGGAUAUUCGAGCCUCAUGAUGGGAAGUGCCAUCUCAAUGGCAGCGGCUUUUAUGAAGGCACUAAAUAUGACUACCCUUCGGUUGGCCAGCUCACCAGGGUCCUGGCAGACAAUAACAUCCAGCUCAUCUUUGCUGUCACCGAGGACAGUGUUGCUGCCUACAAGGCAUUGAGUAAACUAAUCCCUCAGUCAGUGCUGGGAGUCCUGAAGAACGACUCCAGCAACGUGGUCCAGCUCAUCUCAGAGGCCUACAAUAACCUGUCCUCCACUAUGUUACUGGAGCACCAUGGAGCUCCUUCAGGUCUGGACGUGACCUACAGAUCCCACUGCACCCCUGGAGAAGGGGACAACACCCCGUGGCAGAGGAGGGGCGAGUGCAUGAACAUCAAGCUCAACCAGCAGGUUGACUUCACAGUGAGUCUGAAUAUUUCAACGUCUGACGGAGAAUGUCUGAAGGAGAAGAAGCAGUUUUUCCUCAAACUGCAGGGCAUCAGCGAGACCCUGAAGGUCUCUGUGGAAACCCUGUGUGACUGUGACUGCCAUGAUAGAGAACAGCAGUCCACACACUGCAAUGAAAAGGGAAUGAUCACCUGCGGAAUCUGCAGCUGUGACGAGGGUCACCUGGGUCAGAGGUGUGAGUGUGAGCAACCUAAGGACAUGAUCUCUGCCGACUCUAUGGACGCAACAUGUCGCCAAGACAACUCCUCGCUGCUAUGCAGCAGGCACGGGAGCUGUGAGUGUGGCAUAUGUGUGUGCCAGGGCACCCACCGCGGUGAUUUCUGCCAAUGUGAUGACAACAGCUGUGCCCGCCACAACAACAUGCUCUGCGGUGGUAAUGGGCAGUGUGACUGCGGAACAUGUAAGUGUCAUACCAACUACACAGGCUCUGCGUGUGACUGCUCCACCCGAACCGACCAGUGCAGGACUGCUGGGAAGCUGUGCAAUGGCCAGGGAACAUGCCUGUGUAACCAGUGCCAGUGCAACAAAGACUUAUUUGGCAUGAACUGCUCAAAGAUUGCUAAUGCAUGCCCAAAAUUCCUGGCCUGUGUGACGUGUGAAUUGGCCAUUAAGGAAAGUGACGGCCUAAAGAGUAACUGCAGCCGACCAUGUGGCUCAGUCAAGCCGACUUGGGUGGAGGGACCACAGGAGUUCCCCUGCAGAGAAGACACCAUCUCCUACAAAGUGGAGCUGUUCCCUGACGGCAACAUCCUGGUCCUCUACGCAGAUCUGCCCCGCUCUGUUGACAAGACUUACGUGAUCAUUGGCAGCUCGGUGUCCAGCAUCAUCUUCAUCAGCAUCGCAGUGAUCCUCAUCAGUAGGCUGAUGCUGGAGCUCCACUACCGGAGAGAGUACGCCAGCUUCCUCAAAGCAACGGAGACCGAAGUCUGGAAAGAUACCAACAAUCCCUUGUUCCAGGAUGCCACGACCACAGUUAUGAACCCCAUACACAUUCAAGAGGACUGAUCCAAACCCAUUCGACUCUGAAGCCAACCAACACUUUACUUCAGGAAAACCUGUUAUCUACUGUAAUAAAUGAAAGCGGGACAACAGCCUACGUCGUUGUCACCAUAUUAGCUAAUGUCAUAGUCAACAUAGCUACUAGAACUAAUGCGUUAGUAAACCCGCUACAAUC